AAAUAGGUUCCGUGUGCUCUCCGGGGGUAUUGUGUCAGGAGAUGCAGGCUGGCUACCAUGUGACGCGGUCCAGAGCUGAAGGGAUUGGCCGAGGCAGCGCAGGCGGUGCAGCUCGGCCGGCUUGCUGUUCCUCUGCCUUUCUCUCUCAGCAUCUUCCUGGGAGCCUGUAGGUGAAGCAGCACCAGCAAGCAUCCAUGGCCUGUCUUUCGGGUUAACACUUGUCUCCUUUGGCUUCGGCAGCUGACACUGCAGACCUCAGCAGCGGCGUUGUGAGGACUUAACUGAGACCUGGAAGCGUAUCCUCCUGUGUUUUUUCAGACUCCUUGGAAAUUAAGGAAUGCAAUUCUGCCACCAUGAUGGAAGGAUUGAAAAAACGUACAAGGAAGGCCUUUGGAAUACGGAAGAAAGAAAAGGACACUGAUUCUACAGGUUCACCAGAUCGAGAUGGAAUUCAGGGGAAAAAAAAGACCCAGAAGACUCAGCUUCUCCUCACCUCUUGCUUCUGGCUCAGAGCCCUCUCGUUAACUCUGUCUCAGAAGAAAAGCAAUGGGGCACCAAAUGGAUUUUAUGCAGAAAUCGAUUGGGAAAGAUAUAAUUCACCUGAGCUGGAUGAAGAAGGCUACAGCAUCAGACCUGAAGAACCCGGCUCUACCAAAGGAAAGCACUUUUAUUCUUCGAGUGAAUCGGAAGAGGAAGAAGAAUCACACAAGAAAUUCAAUAUCAAGAUCAAACCAUUGCAAUCUAAAGACAUUCUUAAGAAUGCGGCAACUGUAGAUGAGCUGAAGGCAUCGAUAGGCAACAUUGCACUUUCCCCGUCACCAGUGAGGAAAAGUCCGAGGCGCAGCCCGGGUGCAAUUAAAAGGAACUUAUCCAGUGAAGAAGUGGCCAGGCCCCGGCGUUCCACACCAACUCCAGAACUUAUAAGCAAAAAGCCUCCUGAUGACACUGUGGCCCUUGCUCCCCUCUUUGGCCCACCAUUAGAAUCAGCGUUUGAUGAACAGAAGACGGAAGUUAUUUUAGAUCAGCCUGAGAUAUGGGGUGCAGGCCAGCCAAUUAAUCCAAGCAUGGAAUCGCCAAAGUUACCAAGGCCUUUUCCCACCGGAACACCUCCACCACUGCCUCCAAAAAAUGUACCAGCCACCCCACCUCGAACAGGCUCCCCCUUAACAGUUGGACCAGGAAAUGAACAGUCAGCCACAGAGGCCAAAAUUGAAAAACUACCCUCCAUCAAUGACUUGGACAGCAUUUUUGGCCCAGUGUUGUCCCCCAAGUCUGUUGCCGUGUACACUGAAGAAAAGUGGGUUCAUUUCUCUGACACGUCCCCGGAACAUGUUACUCCAGAGUUGACGCCAAGGGAAAAGGUGGUGUCCCCACCAGCAGCAUCAGACAACCCAGAUGACUCCCUGGCUCCAGCCCCUCCCGGCCCCCCGGCUCCCACGGGUCCCCCAGGACCUCCUGGGCCUCCUCGCAAUGUACCAUCUCCGCUCAAUUUAGAAGAAGUCCAGAAGAAAGUGGCUGAGCAGACCUUCAUUAAAGAUGAUUACUUAGAAACAAUCUCAUCUCCCAAAGAUUUUGGGUUGGGACAGAGAGCAACUCCACCUCCCCCACCACCACCCACCUACAGGACUGUGGUCUCGUCCCCCGGACCUGGCUCGGGCAGUGGUACGGGGACCGCCAGUGGUGCAUCAUCUCCUGCUCGACCAGCCACUCCCUUGGUUCCCUGCAGCAGUACCACUCCACCUCCACCUCCUCCCCGGCCUCCCUCCAGGCCAAAGCUACCUCCAGGAAAACCUGGAGUUGGAGAUGUGCCCAGACCCUUUAGCCCACCCAUACACUCUUCCAGCCCUCCUCCGAUAGCACCCUUAGCCCGGGCUGAAAGCACUUCUUCAAUAUCGUCAACCAAUUCCCUGAGUGCAGCCACCACUCCCACAGUUGUGUCAGAAGAUGAUGUUUUUUAUGACAAACUCCCCUCGUUUGAAAGGCGCUGUGACACGCCUGCAGAGAAUGAACAGCCUUCCCUCGUUUGGUUUGACAGAGGAAAGUUUUAUUUGACUUUUGAAGGUUCUUCCAGGGGACCCAGCCCCCUAACCAUGGGAGCCCAGGACACCCUCCCUGUUGCAGCAGCAUUUACAGAAACUGUCAAUGCCUACUUCAAAGGAGCAGAUCCAAGCAAAUGUAUCGUUAAGAUUACUGGAGAAAUGGUAUUGUCCUUUCCUGCCGGCAUCACCAGACACUUUGCCAACAACCCAUCCCCAGCUGCUCUGACUUUUCGGGUUAUAAAUUUCAGCAGGUUAGAACAUGUCCUGCCAAAUCCCCAACUUCUCUGCUGUGAUAAUACACAAAAUGAUGCCAAUACCAAGGAAUUCUGGGUAAACAUGCCAAAUCUGAUGACUCACCUAAAGAAAGUGUCUGAACAAAAACCCCAGGCUACAUAUUACAAUGUGGACAUGCUCAAAUAUCAGGUAUCUGCCCAGGGCAUUCAGUCCACGCCUCUGAACCUGGCAGUGAACUGGCGAUGUGAGCCUGCGAGCACAGACCUGCGCAUAGAUUACAAAUACAACACGGAUGCGAUGUCCACAGCCGUGGCCCUGAACAAUGUGCAGUUCCUGGUCCCCAUAGACGGAGGCGUGACCAAGCUCCAGGCCGUGCUUCCACCUGCAGUCUGGAAUGCUGAACAACAAAGAAUACUGUGGAAGAUUCCUGAUAUCUCUCAGAAGUCAGAAAAUGGAGGGGUGGGUUCCUUGUUAGCAAGAUUUCAGCUGUCUGAAGGCCCAAGCAAACCUUCCCCACUGGUUGUACAAUUCACAAGUGAAGGGAGCACUCUUUCUGGCUGUGACAUUGAACUUGUUGGAGCAGGGUACCGAUUUUCACUCAUCAAGAAAAGGUUUGCAGCAGGAAAAUACUUGGCAGAUAACUAAUAAAAAUCUUAUGCAAGGAUUCAUAUAAUGAAGAACUGUUGUAUGAGAAACAGGUUUUAAUUCUGGUUUGAUGAAAGCAAACCAAUGUCUGCACUUGGGAUCUAUCAGCUGGAAAGUCGAUGGCUUUCAGCAGUGAUUUCCCUUACACCACACCAUGAUGACCAAUCCUACAGUAUUUACUUCUAGGUGUAAUAUUGUUAAUGGUUUUCAAAUGUAAUUAUUGUAUUUGUAAAUUGUAUUCUCAUUCCAGUAAGGCAGUUAGACACUUGAGUUUUAGCAUUUUACCAUUCCUGAAAUGGAUGUAAUUUAAACUGUGGUAUGUAAAUUCAAUUGUAGUACUGUUGAAUGGCACAAUGCUUACAGAGGUAGAUUGCAUUUUGUCAAUAUAUAAAAUUUAAAUAUAAUAUUGAUAGCUGUCAUAAAGGGGGUGCCACAUAUAAAGAAACUUAAAUGGAACGAGAAGAAAAAAGAAACUUUCUUUUCUUCAGUCCUUAGUAUGUUUUACUCUAGUGCUAAAUAAAAAGUCUAUCUUCAAAUGUUUAGUGGGUUAAAUUCAGAAACUAUUUCAGAAAAAAAAUUCUAAGGUUACAGCAUAUUCAAAGAAAAGCAUUAAUUACCACUUUUUAAAGAGCUUUUUUUUCAAACUGCAAAUUUCAUAAAAAUGCAAACUAUAAACAGGGCCUCUUAUUUUUAUAACUUGUGUAAAAAGGGAAAGCAAUUCAUAUUUAAAGUUUAAGUAUAUUAAAUUAUAAUCAAGAGUAAAGAAGAUGUCAAAAUCUUAACUACUUCCCCCUCUCUCUGCAGUUUAGCAAAUGUGGAGAUUGCUGAAUAACCAGUCCGACUAAAACCAAAAUUGUGACUUUAAUCUUUAAGACUUUCCAUAGUUGAACUGGUUAACAACGUUUGCACAAUUCCUCUGAACAGAUGGUCUCUCUCAUCCAGCCUGGGGGAAUGACACCUUGUGUCUUCCUCUUUACCCACAGGAAUCAAAACACUGAGAAUAAGAAUCUCAGAAAAUAAUUUUUAGUUCCCUGUUUAGAUCCAGAAGGAGAAUUUUAAUUGUUAUCAUUUUUAUCAUUUGGGAAAGAACAAAUAAGCUUUAUAAAUGAAAUUCUAUUCACAUCAUUGUACAAUAAAUUUCCUUUGGGAUGAUUAAUAUUCAUUGUAUAAAUCUGUCAAUCUUUGCUCUUAAUGGGGAAUCAAGAAAAGAGUCAUCUAAGUCAUCUCAUUGCCCCAAGGUACCAUAAAAAUUGCAAUUUCUCAGUCUGGCCCCAAGACAACUCCUUCAAUAGUCCCAAUCAUAAAAAUCCUCCCCCAUUAAGAUCUGAAAAUGUUAUUCUGUCGUUAAGUCAUAAAACUUACUUUAAACAUAAACUAAGUCCUAUUCUGGGUUAUACUAUUAAAUAACUGAAAUUAAUUGUUCUAUUUGCCAUUAACUGCUAAAUUUCAAUUUAUAUUCACUCAAAUUUGACAAAGAGUCUUUGGCCACUUUAAAUUUUAGAAUGAAAUUAAAUUUUUUAGGUCUUACUUUUAAAGUGAGAUUGUGACUGGUAAUUGUUUAUAGUGGAAAUUUUUAAAUUAAUAUUUGUUCUCUUCAAUCAAUGCUUGCUACCAAGAGAAUGUUUAGAAUGACCUGUUUUACCUUAAAAGAAUUCUGACUAUUCAAACAAGCUGUCAGUUAGUUCCCCAAAGUCCUGUAUAUUGAAGCUUUUUUGAACAAACUAAUUAAUAUACUCAUUUUAAGUAAAAAUAUUCAAUCUGAUUUUGAAAUCAAAUUUGAAAAAUGCAAACUUUUAAAUCCCCAAAACAUGAAAAUUCAGAACACUAAAAUCAAUGGAGAGCACACAACAGAAAACUGAGAAUUACACAUAGUAAGAAAAUAAAAACGUGGUUUUUAAGUAAUCAGUUCAUGAAAAAACAUUGAAUAUUAACACAAAGCAUAUUAAAAAUGUGUAAAUAUUACUGGUUCUCAUGUUUUUCUCUUUAUAUUUUAUUUUAUAUAGAUUUAGACUGAAUUAGUAAUUAAACACAAUUUUUUUCCAAAGAAUAAUUUUGUUGAUAUUGUAAAAAAUGUAUUAAAAAUAUAGAUUUCGGUAGUCUCUAACGUUGUUCAAAUGUUUCCAGGAACUAAAUCUGAAACUAUGAAGAAAUCCUAUGACCCCAUAUUUGGCCUUCAUGAAACCAAAUGGAAGUCAUUGAUUUCAAAAUUGUUAAAUAUUGAAUAACCAGAACCUCAAUAAGAAUGUAUUCCUUCCCCCUUCAGAAAAUAGGUCAAAUAAUAACACAAUAAGCUUGUAUCAGGGAUUUAGAUUUUGGUGUUUUGUUGUUGUUGUUUUUUUUAAUUAUAGGUUAAGCCUAUAUUUUCACAGUACUGUAGAAUAAGAAUUCAUGUUCUUAAAAAAAAAAAAAGAUCCUAAACAAUGCAAAAGUCUCAGUUAUCAAAGACAUAUCAAGUCAGAUUCAUGAUCAGUUCCUAGGUCAGAACAAAGUAGACUAGUACAUCCUAAGAUGAUUUGCAGUAUAAGGGGUUAAAAUUUUAAAAAAUUUUUUUAAAAGUUCUAGUUAACCUGAACACUGUUUCCUGAACAUUCUGAUUCAAAAAGCCUCUGCUCUAACAAGAUAGAAAGUAUAAAUGGUACUGCUUUAUUUUGGCAAGAUGAAAAGUAUGUUUUUCUCUUCAAAUAAAUCCCAUAUUUUUAUGAAAUUUUUAAAAAUAAAUUCUUAUUAAUAAUUAGUCUGAAUUUUAUCAUAAUUGGAAUGUAUAAUUACUAAGAAUUAAAUACUACAUUUUAAAGCUCUACUCACUUCAUCUACAAUCAAAUGAAAAUUCACUGUGUGGUAUUUGGGAAUAUAUUCACCUCUAAGGAAAGAAUGCCCACAUUUCUUGUGAUUUUGAGUGAAUACACAGAAUCCUCAGAAAGUCAAUGACAGAUGUUCUUUCUGGGCUUUGUUAUUUUUUUUUUAACUCAAUCUCAAUCUGAAAAAUGUUUGACCUAUAAUUACACAAAUUUCCAUUUUAAAAUCUUCUUUUCAAAGAAGAGGAUAAGUACAUUAGUUCUACCAUUACUCCUGCUGCGUGACCUUAGAUAAGUCUCUAUACUGUUCAGUUCUCUUCUUUAGAAUGAGAGGCUGGGACUGCUGUGGUUUUCAGGCUUUUCUUCAUAGCAGGACUUCUUUCUAAUAAAAUUUACAUGGAAUUCUGUUAGGCAAAACAUCUCAAAGCAUCUUCUCCAGCAGCUUAAUUUAAAUACCAUAACAACAGACAGAUGAGGUGUAAAGUAUCUUCUGACUCUGAAGUUCCACAAUUCCACUUUAUUCAGAUAAACCACUUUUAAGGCGCUAUAAGGAAACUUGUACAUUCAUGGUAAUCAAUCAGUACACUGUGAAAGUGAAUAUAUACUUGAGUGCUUGCUGUGUACCAGUGACAGAUAUAAGCUCCUUUAUUUCUUAUAAAAAUCCAAAAAUUCUUUAAGUACUCCUUUUAAUUCCUGUUUUCCCAAUGAUGUCAUUAAGGCUUAGAUAGAUGGACUAACUCACCCAAGUGGUACUACAACUAGAAUACCCAAUUACUUUGAAGGCACAGGAGCCACCUUGAGCUCUUCUAAUUUGUCCUUGGGUGGGUGGGGAGAAUCUCCUCUAUUUUAUUUUAUUACACACACUCCAUUUGAAUGCCAAAGUAAAAGACAAUAUGAAAAACUAGCCUUGAAAUAAGGAUAAUUCAAUAACAAAAUUGUUGAAAAAAAUCAGUGUUUCUCAAAGUACGGUAUAUGGACCACUUGUAUCUUCACAUAAGAGAACAAUGAUGUGGUCUUAGUCAUCACUAUAACCCCAAGUUUUUAUUGAAUUAAUAAAUCUCCAAGGAUGGAGUUUAGGAAUAUGUAUUUUGGUAAGCACUCAAAGUUUCAGAAUAAUUGCUCUAGUCGUUCUUCAAAAUCUUUUUCAGUUCUGGCAUUAUAUCAGAAUUUAUAUAUUAAUAUAAGGAUUAAAUUCUAAAUUGAAUAUCAUUUUUCUAGUGAGUUUAUUUUUCAUUUAGUAAACUUAACUUCCUUCAGUCUUAGAAAAAAAAAGAUAGUUUUAUAAUUAUUUUCCUAGAAAAAUUCUUACCUUUCUUUUUUGGAGUCCUUCUGUUAUGCUGUUACCUUCUCAAAGUAGCUUGAAAUGCAUUCUCUUAUUUUCAAUUCUCUGUCCUUGUCUUCAUUGUCUUAAAAGACUUGAGAUAGUAGGAGGAUCAUACAUUGUCACUCAUUCCCACUACCAAGUUCUAAUAAAUGUCUCCUUCCUUGCAAA